GGGCGGGCGGAGUGCCCCGGGAGGAGGAGGGCUCUGCGGCAGCAGGAGUGAAGAGUGAAUGCAGACGGGGUACUAGGCGGUGGAGGCGCGCCCGCUGGGGUGGCCGGGAUUGAGCCUGCUGGGGCAGGAGCGGCUGUGUGUCAGGUGCUAAAGGCCUUGAUGUGUUUUCUCCACAAGAGUCUCUGCCGGUGUGUAAGUGUGGGGCAUGGUGGGAGUAUGAGCGUGUUUGUGAGUAUGAGUUUCCUUACGGGUGCACACUUGGGGAGGAGUGUGUAAAGACAAGUGUGAGCAUGAGUGAAGACUGGGGUUUGGGAAGGGCCAUGUGAGAUUCCCCGGGCGAGUGAGCAUGUGUGAACAUGUGGGAACACCUGGGUACCCAGGUGAGUGGGAGUGUGUGACGGCGUGAACAUGUGUUUGUGAGUGCCUCAGCUGCCGUCAGUGUGCUCUCUUGAAUAGAGGAUCCCAGGUGAGGGGACCAUGGAGGCACCCCCAAUAUCUGACAAAAAUUGGGAGUGAUCCUGCUUCUGCCGGGGGGUACCAGCCGGCGUUGAAGGUGACCAGAAAGCCAAGGUUACCCUACCAGCCUGGGUGGGAGUAGGGGAUUUCAAGCACCCUCACCAGGGGGAGACCUGCUGUCAGUUACUGGCCCUGGAGGCUAUGGAGACUGUUCCCAUGGCAACAGCUGGGGGCCCUUCUCAGGGCAGCCCUUCCUUGGACUCUGUCCCCUCUCCCCCCUCACUGAGCCUGGUAGCCUGGCCCUGGGCCCGGGGUUGGGCAACCCAGUGGCAGUGUGUCUUUCUUCCCCAUCCCCCAUCCCAGUGCCUCCCUGGAACAUGAUGGGUAUCUCUCUGCAGGUGACGAGCGCCAUGUCCAGCCAGGUGGUGGGCAUUGAGCCUCUCUACAUCAAGGCGGAGCCAGCCAGCCCUGACAGCCCAAAGGGCUCCUCGGAGACUGAGCCUGAGCCCCCAGUGGCCCUGGCCCCUGGUCCAGCUCCCACCCGAUGCCUCCCAGGCCACAAGGAGGAGGAGGAUGGGGAGGGAGCUGGGCCUGGCGAGCAGGGCGGUGGGAAGCUGGUGCUCAGCUCCCUGCCCAAGCGCCUGUGCCUGGUCUGUGGGGAUGUGGCCUCCGGCUACCACUACGGCGUGGCGUCCUGUGAGGCCUGCAAAGCCUUCUUCAAAAGGACCAUCCAGGGGAGCAUCGAGUACAGCUGUCCGGCCUCCAACGAGUGCGAGAUCACCAAGCGGAGACGCAAGGCCUGCCAGGCCUGCCGCUUCACCAAGUGCCUGCGGGUGGGCAUGCUCAAGGAGGGGGUGCGUCUGGACCGUGUUCGGGGUGGACGACAAAAGUACAAGCGGCGGCCAGAAGUGGACCCGCUGCCUUUCCCAGGCCCUUUCCCUGCCGGCCCUCUGGCAGUAGCUGGAGGUCCCCGGAAAUCAGCCCCAGUGAAUGCAUUGGUGUCUCACUUGUUGGUGGUCGAGCCUGAGAAGCUGUAUGCCAUGCCCGACCCAGCAGGCCCCGAUGGACACCUCCCAGCGGUGGCUACCCUCUGUGACCUCUUUGACCGAGAGAUUGUGGUCACCAUCAGCUGGGCCAAAAGCAUCCCAGGCUUCUCGUCGCUGUCGCUGUCUGACCAGAUGUCAGUGCUGCAGAGCGUGUGGAUGGAGGUGCUGGUGCUGGGUGUGGCCCAGCGCUCGCUGCCACUGCAGGAUGAGCUGGCCUUUGCCGAGGACCUGGUCCUGGAUGAAGAAGGGGCACGGGCAGCCGGCCUAGGGGAGCUGGGGGCCGCCCUGCUGCAGCUGGUGCGGCGACUACAGGCCCUACGGCUCGAGCGCGAGGAGUAUGUCCUGCUGAAGGCCCUAGCCCUUGCCAACUCAGACUCUGUGCACAUUGAGGACGCUGAGGCUGUGGAGCAGCUGCGAGAAGCCCUGCACGAGGCCCUGCUGGAGUAUGAAGCUGGCCGGGCAGGCCCUGGAGGGGGUGCCGAGCGGCGGCGGGCAGGCAGGCUGCUGCUCACACUACCACUCCUUCGCCAGACAGCGGGCAAGGUGCUGGCCCAUUUCUAUGGGGUGAAGCUGGAGGGCAAGGUGCCCAUGCACAAGCUGUUCUUGGAGAUGCUCGAGGCUAUGAUGGACUGA